AUGCCCGUCUUUCUUGAGCAUGUGGAUGCAUGUCUCCCAAUAACAGCCCUGAAGGUGUUCCAGUGCCAUGGCCGUACCUUCAUUUUUGAGGGGCAGGGACCAUAUUUCCGAGUGAUCGAUGAACAGACGGGCGAUGUCUCUGCCCAAGUCCAGGCAUUCAAGCGCAACCAUGUGCACGGCUUUAUCAUCAUUCCGUGCCCACAGAGAAGCCAAGAUAGCUUGCACUGCGGCUCUGUCAUGGUUUGGGGUGGAAAAUCUCUUAGGGUUAUCGAUGUCUCCAUUGACCGCAAUUAUCAAGUCACACUGGCCGUGUCUAGCGCCGAGUUCCACACCGCAGACUGGAUUAUGAGCGGAUGCGCUGCUAUCGCAGGACAGCUCAAUACAGCGUUCUUCAUCACCGCAAACAAUGCACUUCUAAUGACCAAAGUUGAAGACAGAAAAUGUUCUCAGUAUAGUAUGAGAAUCUGCAUUUACCAACUUGCAACGAGUGUGAAGUGCAUCUUGUAUGCUGCUGACCUCGUAGCUCUUUCCCCUUCUCAUGUCCUGAUUGCCUCGGGAACUGCGUUUGGUGAGAUUGUUGUUUGGUCUUGUUUUAUCACAGAUAGUGAACCGGGUCAACUCAAGGCAGCGGGUUCCAUCCAUCACUACUUUACUGGCCAUGAUGGGUCUGUAUUUGGAGUGCGAAUCUUCCCGAAUAUCUCAUCCUUGAACGGUGGUCGCUCUGGCAGGUUGCUGGCAAGCUGCAGUGAUGACCGAACCGUCCGAAUUUGGGAUAUCACCGACUGUGAGACCAAGUCUCUUCAUGACCCAUCCGCCUACUCUACAGAUGGCUUUGAACUACGGACCACUGGGUAUGGCAGUGGUCUUGGAUCUGAGUCAUGCGUUGCGAAAGCUUUUGGACAUUCUGCCCGUAUCUGGAGCGUAAAUAUAUGCUCGUUUGAGGAGAGUAAUCCAAACACCCUAGGUCUUGUGUCUCGAGGCGAAGAUCGGACCUGUGUGGUGUGGGAACUCAGCUGGGAGAUUCCGGCUCCUGGUGUCACAAAGUAUCGACUUCGGGAGAUGUCUUCAGCUGAACUACAUGUGGGAAAGCACAUCUGGGCUCUUGAUCUCCGUGAGCAGGGUGAAGAGACGAUUAUCUAUACUGGCGGUGCUGAUGGAGCUUUGAAAAGCUUCAAAGUCAACAAACAUGUGGUUUCUCUCUUGAAGUACAACACUCCAGGCCAAAAUGACUCUCCGAUUCAGAAGAAGUCUUCGGACCCAGAUGCACCCAAAACGAUUGAUUUUGUCUCUUCGGAUUGUCUCAUUGCUUGCUCUUUGCGCAGCGAGAUACGUCUUGGACACGUGAGCUCGGUGGAUAAUACAAGUGUGACGUGGGAGACGCUUUGCAGUGCAGAAGAUCUUCGGUCAUACUCCCUGAUUGCUGGCGUUCCUCGGCAAGGAAUAGCUUUGAUAGCCAACUCACAGGGAUUGGUCAGGCUAUACAGUCACAGCACCAGAUUGAUCACUCACUUGGUGGAUCUAGGUAGGCGGCCUCGGAGCAUUACAAUUGCCCACGAACAGAUGCCUUCCGACCACAUUUCGGUUAUUGUGGACUACUUCGCCGGUGAGGAAGCCACUUUGGUGACUGUCACAGGGUGGAACAGCACCUGCCCGCGAACCGAUACGAUACCCUUCCGUCUCCCAAAAGCACCAUAUAUCAUAACUGCGGCUUGUUUGAUGUACAAUGGCAAAUACUUGCUCCUUGGGUCCGAGCUCGGAGGUCUGGCAGUGUACCAGGUUGCAGGCCUUGGUUUGUCUUCCAACCCAUUGGUGGACAAGAGACGAAUCCAUGGCCACGAAGGCACCACUUGUAUUCGACCUGUGAAACCAGCCGCGGUAGAGCAGGAAUACGUAUUGACGUGUGGACGUGAUGGGAAUUACUGUUACCACGAAUUACAAGUGGGCAAGGGUGAGAGUGAUACCGUCUUCCUCGAGACACUUGAUCAGACCUCUUCAGGUCUGGGCCACGACCUGUGGGGUAUUUACUUGGAAGAAACAACUGGCGAUCUCAUGACAUACGGAUUUCGAUCGCAAAAUUUCGUAUUGCGAAACGAAACAAGACAACAAGACGUCAUAUCCAUAGCCUCGGGCGGUAGCCGCAGGAUCUGGUCAUACCAAUUCAGCACCGACACCAGCAAGCCUUCGCUGGCCUGGCUCAUAAAAUCCCAUUUGCAAGUUAAACGCAUUCCAACCGACAUCUACCGUUCCAUUCGGGCCGGUGGACAUGGACGAGAAAUAAGAACUAUGGAUGGACUGAGCACUAUUCGAGGAGGAAGAUCGUUCUUUGCUACUGGAGCAGAGGAUACCAUCGUACGCAUCUUUGCGGCAUCCGGCCAAGCAAUCCAAGGCCCUUGGGGUUCAUUCAAGUGUCUGCGCAUUUUGGACAAGCAUAGGUCGGGGAUUCAGCAAGUAAGCUGGUCAAAGGAUGGUGACUUCCUUUUCACCAGUGCUGGACAGGAGGAGCUUUUUGUGUGGGGAGUUCGCUGGAUCCCCUCGUUUGAUAUGUGCAUCAAAAUGGUGGCAGAGUGCCCGAAGAGUAUGCCAGACUCUGAAAUGCGGAUCACAAGUUUUGACUUGGUGGAAGUGGAAGAACCUAAUGCUGAAAAGGCAUUCCUUCUCUGUUUGGCACUGUCCAACUCCACGAUUAAGAUCUUCCACUUCUCACCCUCCGCAAACUUCAGAUUUACGCUGUUGGCUCAGGCCGCAACUGAUGGCUACUUCACCUUCUGGGAUUUGACCGACACACUCGAGUCAUUCUAUGACAUCUCUUCAUCGAGCCUCAAAGCAAAACGGUCGUUUGAAGAUUCUUCUAUCGUACCCGUGGAUAUUACCUGUGAAAGCAGGUAUCAAGUCCAUUCCAAUAGCAUUAAAGCAAUGGAGCUGGUGCCUCUUUCUGAUACAGCCACUGUCAUUUUGACUGCAAGUGAUGACAGCUCAAUAGCUGUUUCACUUUUGAGGAAACACUCCGAUACCAAUGAGACUGGUGCUGACGCGCAUGUGUCUACCGUCUCUGUCCCAGAUGCCCAUGCAGCAUCAGUGACAGCCCUGAAGGUUCUGUUCCCAGGGGAAGUUACACCAACUACCUCCGGACCACAAGUCCCGAGACUUACUUUUGUGACUUCUGGCAAUGACCACCGCGUGAAAUUUUGGUCCAUCACAGUGGAUCCUACAAAACAGGGUACAGAAAGGGUUAUCGUGGAGUUUUUGUUGGACAGAUAUAGUGCCGUGGCUGAUAUCGCUUCCCUGAGUUUCCUGCGAGAUCCUAUUUCUCAGGGUUGUUCUGACUCCCAUUUGGGAGAGCAAAUACAAGGAAAGCUACUCGUCGGCGGGGCGGGGAUGGAAAUGUUAACAACCAGGUUGUUUUGA